AUGGACCCCAACCAAACAUCAGAAUGGCACGGCCCUAGAACAGCCCCCUUCUACACAGUCCCAUCCCGACAACUUGUCAGCGUCGAACAUCCCGCCAUUAUCAAAGAUGUCGACAAAGCGAUUGACACCCUGCAAGGCAACGCAGGAAUCUCCAAGAUCCUCAACCCCCCAAAGGCCGAUGCAUCGGCAAACCUCCUCUUGCGGCCGGAGGACGCCAUGUCCCGACCCUUGCAGUCGACUAGCUCGGCGUCCAGUAACGUCUUGCUCAAGGUGACGGUGCCUAAGCGAACGGGACGCAAGAGGAAGAAGGGAUCCGAUGAGCCAUUCUCCGGGGUCGCCGUGACGACUAUUAAUCGCGAGCCACAGCGGCCUGGGGCGAGGCAUCUGCUAAGGACGCUCCGGGAUACGGAGGGUAGGUAUCAGGUCGAGCCAGUAGGGUCGAUCAAUCGCACGCAUGUGUUUCGAGGGAUGCCGGAUUUUGUGUAUUCGACCGCGCGGAGCGAGUUCAGUAAUCGGUUUCGGGAGAAGAUUUUGUCGUUUGACUACGAUAAGAUGAGAGAAUGGGAUCUGGACAUGACCAAAGGAGUCAUCUCAAAUGUGGACAUUAUCCCUCCUCCAUCGUUCAGCCAUGGAGAUGUGCCGUUCGGCUACAUCUACCACCAAAAUCCCACCGUCCGCCAAUCCGUCGACACCUCCGGCAACGUUACCACAGUGAACACGCAAACCGCCUCUAAAAUCAUGACCUUCCUCGUCCCCUACGACAUCCCUACCGUGCCGUCCGCCCCACGCGACACCCUCCCGGCAAUCAGCACGCUCGACAAGUCCCUCCAAGAGACCAUCUCGACCGUCCAAUCCCUCUUCCAAGACCGUCCCGCCUGGACCCGCCGCGGCCUCCGCAACAACAUCACCUCGUCCGAGCAGCGCUACCUCCUCCGCUACGCCGUCCCCUACGUCGGAUACAUCUUCCGCUCGGGGCCGUGGCGCGACGCCAUCAUCAAAUUCGGCCACGACCCCCGCUCCUCCCCGGACUACCGCCACUACCAAACCGUCAUGUUCCGCAUCAUUCCUCGGGAGCCGGAACUCGCGCGCGACGGCGGCCACGGGAGGAGACAUACCUUCGCUCGCCCGAACGAUUCCUUCGCCUCCGGCUCCACCGUCGAUCCUAUCAUCCCCGACAGCCACAUCUUCACCGGCACGUUGCCUCUCCACGCCGACGGCCGCAUCUGGAUGCUCUGCGACGUCGCCGACCCGCUCCUCAAAUCCAUCCUCUUCCCUGAAUCCUCUACCUCCUCGUCUCCGCCAGAAAACUUCCUCCGGCAAACCUGCGACCCCGUAACAGACGGGUGGUUCGGCAACGGCACGCUCGCAAAAGCCAAAGCCAUCAUGCGCAACAAAGUCCUCUCGCUCCUCGACAACACCGUCCCCGAGGACGCGGACUUUGCGAAAAUCCUCCAGUUCCCGGAUCAUGUGGACUUGGAAGACGUGGUGCGGGUGUUCGCGGUGGAUCCGAAAGAAGCCACGCCCAAGGAUUUGGCGCUGGCGACGGAGGUGAGGGCCAUGUUGAAGGGGUCGGCGAAUUGGAAGGAGAGGACGAGGGAGGCGGAGGAGAUGGAGAUGGAGCUUGAGAGGGGGGAGGGGCAGCAGGAGGGAGGGGAGGAAGGAGAGGAGGGACCAGGUUCUGGGGAGGGGGCUAGAAUAGAGCCUGGGAGGAGAGUUCAGUGGCAGGAUGGUGGUGGUGAAGCGGGUGGAGUGGACGGGGAGGAAGAAAGUCAAGGGGAAGAAGAAGCCAUCGAGCAGGAGGAGAUUCUAGAAGCGCAGGCAGCAGCCGCGGCGGAAUCGGUGAACGCGGCAAUUGGAGAACAAGUAUCGGCACCGCAGGACGAAGAACAGAGUUCUGAGGAGGACGAGGAUGAGAUGGAGAGGAGAAGAAGGGCCAAAGGAAAAGGUCGACAGCUAUAG